AAUAAAUUACACCCCAAAUUGCAACAACUUCGUCGUCCUUUCUUCUUCAAUUCAGUUGGGAACUCGGAAAGAAAAUCGUCAAGCCGACCUUGGUGAAGAAUAGAUUCUUCUUCUUCGUUGUUGAUGUCGACGAUGCCGCGGCGACGUCUUCCAAAAUUUUGGCAUUCCUUUUUGUACUUUGUUUUUCCUUUUUGGCUCCCGGGUGUUAUUCCUUUUUGGUUUCCUUCAGACGAACGAUUUGCCGAUUUGGAGAUACAUUCUCCCAGUCACCAGUCGGGUUGCCCCCGAUUCGCCAUUAUUGGGUUUUGGAGAUGCUCGAUGCCGGAUUUAUUAUAAUUGGCCACCAUCAGAUCUAUGAACGGGUUUGCCAGAGACCGCGGCACCGGCGGCCGCGUUGUGGACUGAGACGGUGUAGGUGGCGAGGGGGGCGUGGAUAUCUGAUGGGCCUAGAAGAGAGCAAGAAGAGAGGAAUCUGCGAGGUUAUUAUGGAAGCCAAGAAGAUCACCCAGGACACCAAAAACAGCAUGCAGAUUACUUUCUCCAAGAACCUCGAAGUGAAAGUUUCAGGUAAUUAAUAUCAACAUAAUCAUCGGUUUUAAGAACUAUUGAUUUGUGGCUUUCAUUGGUGUUACAAAUAAAGAUUAAUAUUUUUUAUUGUGAAAACAAUUUCUUUAAGUAUCUGCACGAAACAAAUCAGCAACCCAUUAUAUAUAUAUGCAUAUAUUGUUCAAGAUGGAUGAGUUUUCUAUGUUCCAGAUUUGGCUUGGUCCCUCUGCUUGAUGUAAAUAAACGGCUGAGUUAUUUAGUUUUGUUAGGCAAAAUUGAAAUAUAAAUCAACUGAAAGCUUGACCUGGUGAAAGAAUAUUUGUUUUUCGCAGAGCGAUCUUUGUUUAUUUUCUCAUAAAAGGUUUGAAGAUUAGGGACAAUAGUAUUAGCAACAUUUUUGUUGAAUCACUUUGUGAGUAUUGAGAGUCCACUGAAAUAAGAGGAAAAUAAAUGUGACAGGUGGGGGGGGGGGGAGUAUACAUGGUUUUUCAUAGGAGUUUGAUGGUUUUAGAAGUUUGGAAAUUUGGCCUAAUUUGAGUCUGAGCAUACGGUGGACAAAACAUAGGAUUUGAAGAGAAUUUCGAAAGUGUUAAAAGCUCAAAAUUACAUGGCUACUAAACUGAUUGUUAUUGAUUAAUCUGGUAUUUCUUUAUUUGUCAUUUUAGUUUAAUCUCCUUUUGUUAAUAUUCCUUGAAAGCUCGUUCGUUUUUUUCUCUCUUCCACCUAAUUGAGUAAUCACAGCUCUCAUCUUUGCAUUAUUUUCCCUGAUCAUUACUGCUUAAGUUUCAAAAAUAACAACAUCAAAAAUGAACUACAGCAAACAUACUUUCUUUCAUUCCUACUAAUAAUUUAUGUUAUUUAUGAAUAAAACCUUUGAUUUAUUUCUUCAAUCAAAUCAUCACAAAAAAUAAAUAGUCACAUCUAAUAGCAGCAUUUUUUGUUGGUCUUUCAUCGCAGUAAUGAUCAAAUUUUUUUAACUAGUAUUUUUUUCUUGUAUAUUCAAAGCCAAAAGGUAUUCACUUUUGCAAAGAUUAAGUUAAAAAAAGGUAUUCACUUUUGCGAAAAGUCAUUCAACAACACUUAGGGAAAAGUGCAGAGAUAGAGAUGAACUCACUUGUGAAUGGAUUGUGUUAGAAUUAUACAUAAAUUAAAUGAUGAUGAUAUUAUUUAUUGCAAAUUCCAAAUCCCAGAGCUAGGGCUUGCUUGUGUGCAGAAUCCUUGGCCUCCAUUUGAACUUUCAAGUUUUAUGUCUUACAUCAGGUUCUUCCAUUUUUAGAGGAGAUAACUACCUUUCUAAAGAAGAUACUUGCACUGAUUUGCUUGUGUAAGUUUUCCGAAUCUAUGAUCGAAUGCUUGCUUUAGUUAAUGUGUUACACCGUGGCCAUCUACUUCACUGUGUCCCGUGUGAACAAAGAGUUUGAGAAGGGCUCAUUCAAGAUUAGGCACUUGGCAUAGCAGUCUUUUAAUGAAGCGGCUAAAGGGAAUUGCAAUGACUUCUAUAUUGACCAUCACAGAUGCCCUGAAUUUUCAUCAUCUUCACUUGGGUUUUUCUCCGAAUUCCAAAAAAGAGCAGUAGAGUUACUACCUGACUUUUGGACAAGACUCUGAACCUCCCUGCAGGUUUGGAUGGUUAAACUUUUUAUAUUGAGGGUGAAAAUUGUGUUUGCAAGAUCCAACCUUAAUACAUAGUUACAACGUUGAAAUGCAAUACAAAUAUAAUUGAUUUAAAAUUACAAGUACUCUUACACUGAUGUGAUCUAUUGCAUGUAUACAUUAGGUAAGCAUGCGAAAUUUCAUUUUAAACAUUCGCGUUGACUUUUUGGGCCUUUUUUAAAUUUUAAUUAGAUAAUAAAGAAAAGUCGAGGAAAAAGAAAUUUGCUGGAAAUUUUAAAUUUUAUAUUCCUUGGAUUUGGAUUUCAGGGCGGCGAUUUGUUCUUUGGAUAACUUGAAAAUCACACGGUUGUGUCCGGUAGUGAAUCGGGUUCCUUCUGCCGCAGUAUCUCAUUAAAAUUGUAUCUGAAUAUAGUGCUUGGAGAUUACAGAAGACAAACUUCAGUGACGAUAACAUUAAUUUGUUGUGCCCUGUGAUUUCUUCUAUUACAAAUAUUGCAGAGUUGAGUUACACAAAGAUGAUCUAAUGAUUUUCAAUUGGAUACAAACCUAAUAAUUAAUUUCCCAUAGUUACUAAUAUUAUAAGUUGUAUUAUAUGGUGUAAGAGUAACAUGGAUAAUGUAUUACUCCCUCUGUCCCAUAAUUAUUGUCUAGUUUGGAUUCUCACUUUUAGUAUAAUUUGUACUAGAAAUGAAAACUCAAAGUGGAUAAUAAUUUUGGGACGGAGGGAGUACUAUGCAAUUG